AGCAGCAACAGAAGGAUGAUGGGGGAAUCUCUGUGUCUGUAUGGUGAGCAGGAAAAGUAUGAAAAACUGUGCAUAGAAGAAAAUGCCUUUGAAGCACUGGAAAAAGAUUUCCAAGACAUCAUCGAUGAACUUAAGGGAGAUAGAAGUCUGGAGAAAUUCCGGAUAGAAUAUGAGAAGCUCCACACAGUUAUGAAGAAAUCCUACGAAAAUGAGAGGCGUCUAAUGUCAAAAUGCAGGGAGCUGAAUGCAGAGAUUGUGGUGAAUUCGGCGAAAGUGGCUGCAGCCCUGAAGCUCUCUCAAGAUGAUCAGUCAACGAUAGCGUCACUGAAGAGGGAGAUUGAAAAGGCCUGGAAAAUGGUGGAUGCAGCCUAUGACAAGGAGCAGAAAGCAAAGGAAACCAUUCUCUCACUGAAAGAAGAAAUUAUGAACCUGACGAAAUUAGUGGAGCAAGGAUCUGGAUUAUCAUUGGGUCAAGAGCACAAUGUCCGGGAUUUGCUGAGAUUUAAGGAAGAAGUAACAAAGGAGCGAGACCAGCUACUGUCAGAGGUUGUGAAGUUACGUGAAAGUCUAAUCCAAGCUACAGAGCAACAGCAAGAAUCCGAGAAGGCAAAAAAUGAGGCAGAACAAAACAUCGCUCAGUUCCAGCAGGAAAUCCAGAUGCGUCAGAACGAAGCAUCGCGGGAGGCUCGAAGGAAGGACAAACUGGAGAAGGAGCUGAAGCAAAUGCAAGUGGAAAUGGACAACAAGCAGGGCGAAAUAAAGGCACUGCAGCAGCACAUGCUGAAGAACAAAGAGGAGCUCCUAAAACUGGAGCAGCAGCUCAAGGAACAGAAGAUCCUGAAUGAAAGAGCUGCCAAAGAACUUGAGCAAUUUCAGACGAGGAACUCUAAACUCCAGCAAGAGAACGAGCAGCACAGCCUGGCCUUCGAACAGCUCACACAGGAUAACCAGCAGAAAACAUUGGAGCUGAAAAUAAGAGAGGAUGAGGUGACUCAGACGCGUCAUGAAAUUUCGAAACUCUCCAAGGUAAGAGAAGUUAUCCAGAGAAAACUGCGCAUUGCAGAGGAACAAAAAGUUGAAGCAGAACAUGUGAGGGAUACCCUAAAAAACCAAAUCUCUGGACUAGAGAGAGAGUUGGAGAUUGCUAGAAGGCAGGUGGAAAUUGAUAAGAAAGCCAUAGAUGAGCUGGUGAGAGAAAGGGACAUAUUAAACAAGAACUUGCUUAAGGCUGCCAGUGUCACUCAAAAGCAGCUGAGCUUGGUGAAGCUCCAUGAACAGUCCAAGAAGAACUUAGAAGAAGAAAUUCAGAACUAUAAGGACGAAGCUCAGAAGCAGAGGAAAAUCAUCUAUCAGCUGGAAAAAGAGAGAGACCGUUAUAUCAAUGAAGCUAGUGAACUCACCCAGAAGGUCCUCCAGCACAUGGAAGAUAUCAAAGUGCGGGAAAUGCAGAUCUUUGACUACAAGAAGAAGAUAGCAGAGGCUGAGACUAAAUUAAAACAGCAACAGAAUCUGUAUGAAGCUGUGAGAUCAGACAGGAACCUAUAUAGUAAAAAUCUGAUUGAAGCUCAGGAUGAGAUCACUGAAAUGAAGAAAAAACUGAAGAUCAUGACUCAUCAGGUUGAUCAGCUAAAAGAAGAGAUCACAGCCAAAGAGGCAGCUCUUGUGAAAGUACAUCUGGAACAUCAGCGAAUAGAAAAGGAAAAGGAGUCUCUGAAAGCUGAGCUGCUUAAGAUGAAACAACAAGCCCUGGAGACCAAGCACUUUAUUGAAAAACAGGAAUCAGAAGAGAGAAAACUCCUGAAAAUUAUUGCUGAGGCUGAUGCCGAGAGGAUGAGGCAGAAGAAGGAAUUAGACCAGGUUAUCAGCGAGAGAGACAUCCUGGGGUCACAGCUAGUUCGGCGUAAUGAUGAGUUAGCACUGCUUUAUGAAAAGAUCAAAAUCCAGCAGUCCAUCCUACACAAGGGGGAGACCCAGUACCGGCAGAGAAUGGAAGACAUCCGACUCCUCAAGCUGGAGAUCAAAAAACUUCGGCGGGAGAAGGGAAUACUGUGCAAAAGCGUGGCUAAUGUGGAGGAGCUCAGGCAAGAAGUUUAUCACAUGCAGAAGGAGCUACUGAAGGAACGAACUCGAUGCCGAGCACUAGAGGAGGAGCUAGAGAACCCCAUGAAUGUUCACAGAUGGAGAAAAUUGGAGGCCAGUGACCCGAGUACCUAUGAAUUGAUACAGAAGAUACAUACUCUGCAGAAACGGCUCAUCAGUAAGACAGAAGAAGUGGUUGAGAAAGAAUUGCUGCUGCAGGAAAAAGAAAAGCUGUACGUAGAACUGAAGCAUAUUUUGGCCCGGCAGCCUGGGCCCGAAGCCGCAGAACAGUUGCAGCUCUACCGGCAUACCCUCAGAGAGAAGACCAAGCAACUGAAAGUUUUGUCUUCAGAACUGAACAUGUAUGAGUCACAGAGCCAAGAGUACAAGUAUGAAAUAGAGAGACUUGGCAAUGAGCUUCUGAAUGUGAAGAAGAAAUACCUCACCCAGAAACGCAAGGAACAACAGAUCAAGGAAAAGGAGCAUGUGCUGGCUAACAUGGAGCAGGAGUAUCCAGCACAGAGAAUGAACGUCCCCCGUUUCACGGGGGGAGGCUUUGCGCUCACCAAGCAGCCGCCCAAGGUUAUGGCCUAAACUGGAGUCAGCU